AACCAAAAUAACCGCCCCCGUCUUCUCAAAGCUUUCCCAUCAAUCAUAGAACAUCUCCUACGAUUUAUCCCCGGAUCAGAACUCAGAAGAACCAGCUUCUUCCUCCUCCGUCUGAAACAGACAUCCUAUAUCUCAAAGAUAUUGAACGUAUGCAAACGGAAUAUGUAAGGAGGAGACGAGAGUUCGUUUCAAGGUAGGGCCGCCAUAGCUAGAAUUGCUGAUUGGUUGAAGAUAGACAAGUGUAGGGGGAAACCGUCGAAGUUGAUAGGGAAGCCUUUGAUUUCCUCUUCCUAUUUAGUUUUUGUUUUUUUAUAAUUAGGUUUGAUAUUGUAAUAUCUGGAAUAGCCAAAUAGGUAAACGAAUAUUCACACACACACACCCUCAGAUAUAUGAUGCCAUUGAACAUUGAUCCGAAUUCAUUACCGAAUGAUUUACGGCCAUUGAACAUUGGCAGGACGGUUCCAGAAGAUCCCCGCAUAUCUCCGGCGACCUCUUCUGGACGGCCAAUUGAUGGGUUCUUCCCAGCUCCUCAGCCACGUGAUGGCAGUAGUCCUGGUGGGACCAUACCUGUGGUGUAUUAUCCUGCAAGUACGCCCCGGGAUGCGGGUCUCGUGGGGCUAGGGUAUAGCAACCCCCCUCCUGCUGUGGCCAGGUGGGUCCAACAGGUCGUUCCCCCAACACAAUCAGCAGUUGUAGCCACCACCAUCACCAGUCCCGGAUGCAAUCACAAUUGCCCGGUUUUUGGCAGGCAGAGUAUGAGCACUGCAUCCGAUGAAGGUUGCGUCGGGGAUGAAUGGGCAUCGGGGAGGAAAUUGAAGUUUAUGUGCAGUUUUGGUGGCAAAAUAUUGCCAAGGCCGAGUGAUGGAGCAUUGAGAUAUGUAGGAGGACAAACCAGGAUAGUCAGCCUUAGAAGGGACGUGACUUUCACAGAAUUGUUGAAGAAGCUGACAGAUACAUGUGGACAAGACGCUGUGAUUAAGUACCAAUUGCCAGAUGAGGAUCUUGAUGCGCUAGUCACCAUCUCUUGUCCAGAUGACCUCGAGAACAUGAUUGACGAGUAUCAAAAGUUGCUCGAAAGAUCACCCGACGGUUUAGCUAAACUUCGGGUUUUUCUGUUCCCAUCCUCUGAGGUUGAUUCCCUUAGCUCCACUAUACAAUUUUCCGACCUGCAGGAUGGUGGGCAGCGGUACAUAGAUGCCGUGAAUGGAAUAAGUGAAAAUGGAGGCGGUGGUGGUAUAACAAGGUUAAGUAGUUCCGCCAGUGCUGUUUCCACACAAAACUCUGACGUCAGUAGUGUUGAUGGGUCGUGCAGCCAUGGUCAUUCUGACAUCAUCCCGAGAUCACCAUCUUCUGAUGCAAUUUCUUCCCAGCAAGUACCUUCUAGAGUGGCAUGCAAUGAUAAUACUAGCAGUCCUGCUGCAGUUUAUGUAAACACUGCUUCAUCUGCUCCGUUUGGAAUUCCCAUGGUCAUGUCUGGUCCUCCCCCCAUUCUACUGCAACCGCAAACAACAGGCUAUGAUUUGAAGCAUCCGGCGGGCGUGACUUUCCCAGUCCCGCCGCCACCACCACCAGCUUAUAUGGAUCAUCAUCAAAGAGAAGCAUCCUCACUGAACCGCUCAGAAUAUGAGCAGCCUUUUGGUUCUCAAAUGGGCUUUCCGACCCAGUUCAUGGGUACGGUCAGACCCAUGUAUGCUCAUCAUCAGCAGUUUGUUCCUGGAAUUCACACCACAAUGAGUACUAAUAAUGUGCCCCCCAUGUUUCAACCCCAACAGGUGUUGGGAGGACCACAUCAUGGCUUGCUUCAUCAUCACAUUCCUCUUCAUCAUCCACUACAAGUGCCGGUUUCUGAAGGGCAGGUGGUGUCUCUUACGCAUCCAAUGGCUAGGUAUGAUGACUGCCACAUGUGCCAAAAAUCAUUGCCUCAUGCACAUUCAGACACAAUGGCACAAGACAAAAGGGGUAGCCCGGUCAGCAGCAUACCUGACCCCAUUAAACUGCCCAGGGCGGUUACUUCUGGUGCUAUAUUGGACUGCCCUCAAUCUAAUCUUCCAUCUCAGUACCAGGUUAAUAAACAGGAGUCAGUGAUUAAUAAUGUAGUUCCAGAUGAUCUCCUUACUGGUGGCAUGCGUUUGCCCGUCACAACGGAAUACCUUAACCACGAAUUACCAAAUCACUACACCAAGCAUUUUCUCUCUACAGAAGAUAAAGUAAUUGAGUCUCCAUCGAAUGCUUAUUAUGGACACCUGAAGCAUAUUGAGGAUAAGAUGGAGAAUCUUAGGAUACAACGGGCUGAAAUACUAGCAAACACUGAUCUGAACAGUAAUAAUAAGUCAUCCCCAACAAUUGAUAAAUUUAGAAAGAAUGGAUUUUUGGAAAGUAUAAGUAACCUGAAGCCAUUUGAAACGUCACCUAGUACUUCUCCAAACCUAUCUGCAUCUUAUGAGUUAGGAGGAGGAGAUGAUCAGGAAAGUACAAAUUCAGUAUUCAGCAACCAGGACCCGUGGAGAAUGGAGUGUCAUGAUGCUUCUUAUCAUUUCCCUCCUCAACCUAACAAAAUUCAAGCGAGAAAGGAAGCGGUCGAUACCAAGGGAGUUUCCCAGCCUUUUAGCUACUUAGACACGGAUUUUGGUUCUGUACACAUUAUGUCCAGAAAAGAGCAUAUAAUGAUCAAGCCGGAAGAAUUUCAGACUGUUGCUGAAGGAGUAGCUGCUUCUGUUUUUCAUGCAUCUUCUACCUCAAAUGAUGGUAGGGGGUCUCCUCCAUGUACAAGCGAGUGGAGUGGUGAAGUGAACCAGAUUGCUCAUGGAGAAAUACAAUAUAGAGAUGCAUUUGAGGAGAUGAAAACAAAGUCUCCCGUCAAGGAAAGUUUAGGUUCUCCAGUUUCGAGUGACAUUGGGCGCUUGCAGAUUAUAAAGAACAGUGACCUUGAAGAGAUUAGGGAGUUGGGUUCCGGCACUUUUGGCACAGUUUAUCAUGGAAAGUGGAGGGGAACUGAUGUGGCAAUAAAACGAAUUAAUGACAGAUGCUUUGCUGGAAAACCUUCUGAACAACAACGCAUGAGGGAUGACUUCUGGAAUGAGGCAAUCAAACUUGCAGCCUUGCACCAUCCAAACGUUGUUGCUUUCUAUGGUGUUGUGCUUGAUGGACCUGGCGGUUCUGUGGCAACUGUUACCGAGUUCAUGGUUAAUGGCUCUUUGAGGAAUGCUUUGCACAAGAGUGAAAGGAUUCUUGAUAAGAGGAAGCGUCUCUUGAUAUCGAUGGAUGUAGCUUUUGGAAUGGAGUACUUGCAUGGGAAGAACAUAGUGCACUUUGACUUGAAAAGUGAUAAUUUAUUGGUUAAUCUUCGUGACCCACACCGUCCCAUAUGCAAGGUUGGUGACUUGGGUCUGUCCAAGGUGAAAUGCCAGACAUUAAUCUCAGGUGGAGUGAGAGGAACACUCCCUUGGAUGGCACCAGAACUUCUUAACGGUAGCAGUAGCCUUGUCUCAGAGAAGGUUGACGUGUUUUCAUUUGGAAUCGUGAUGUGGGAACUUCUAACCGGAGAAGAACCCUAUGCGGAUUUGCACUAUGGAGCCAUAAUUGGUGGUAUAGUGAACAACACGUUGCGGCCAUCAACACCAGACUCUUGUGAUGCUGAUUGGAAAGCACUCAUGGAGAGAUGUUGGUCAGCAGAACCAUCAGAAAGGCCAACCUUUACUGAGAUUGCUAAUGAGUUGCGAGCUAUAGCAACCAAGCUUCCUAGUAAAGGACAGCAACCAAUUCCAUUAACACAACCCCAAACACAACCUAGGAGUUAAUCUUAGACAGUAGUACUGCAGUGUACAUAAUCUAGAGUUUUUUUCACUGUUCUUGCCUUCUGCUUUCAGUUUGAUCAGAAUGUCAAAGCUCAUGUAGGAAACAUAAAUUUAUGCUAAAAUGGUGUCAGCUCAGGAAAGAGAAAAAAGCAGUUUGAGUUGUACAUUUUUUC